CCGUACCCCUUGGGUUCCUCUCCUCCCGCUAGGGCGACCUGGCGGCGAGUUCCAGUAUCCCCCACCGCCUCCGGCCGGACUCUUGUCCGCCUCCGUCUCCGUCUCGAGCCCCUCUCUUGUCGAUCGCCUCUCUGCCUGCUUUAAGAGCAGUCCCUUUCCACCUAUCUUGGCUUGCAAUUUCCGCAGCUAGGGUUAGGGUUUUUGUUUCUCUGCCAUGGCGGAUAAUAAAUCUGUGCCAUUGACGGAUGCUGAGAAGGCCUCUGACAGUCAGGGGAAACCGCCUGUUCCCCAUGGGGAAGGUUCUGUGGAUACAAUGGCGAGCUCUUCUGCACCUCGCGAUCAGGGCCUCGACUCCAUGUUUGACCGCCUGGAGAUCGGCGAGGAUGAGUUCGACGACCUGGUGAUUGAUGAGGAUGAUGUGCAAAUCUCUGAGAGCACGCGCUGGCUGGCUGUUGCCCGUGUACACUGCUCCAAAAUGUUUAGUCACGAGGCUCUUUUUCAACGGAUGCAGGCGGCUUGGAACCCUGCUCGGGAGAUCAAGAUGAGACCUGUGGGAGAGAACAAGUUUGUGAUCCAAUGUUACUGUCUGGGUGACUGGGAAAAAGUGAUGGAAAAAGGCCCGUGGCUGUUCCGUGAUUGGGCACUACUGAUUGCUCCCUAUGAUGGUCUGUCCGAUCCUGAUUCAGUGUUGCUUGAAUUUAUGCCAGUAUGGAUCCGGGUCUAUAAGCUACCAGAGGCUUAUCGGAAAGACAAGGUCGUGAGGCAGCUUGUUAGCCGAUCGGCCGGAGAGAUUAUCACUGUGGAGAUGAAUCCUGCUGGUGGCUUCCGUGGUGAUUUUGUCCGAGUGCGGGUUAAACAUGAUGUUCGGAAAUAGCUAACACGAUUUGUUUCUAUUUCCUUUGGAGGCAAACGAUCUUUGUUUGCUGUCAAAUAUGAGAAGCUUGGCAUGCUGUGCUUUGCAUGCGGACGCAUCGGUCACGUUCACAAAGAAUGCGGGAUUGGAGUGUUUGAAGAGAAGGAAUUGAAAUUUGGGGAGUGGAUCCAUGCUUAUGCCCCAGGUCGUGGACGUGGUUCAGGUCCCAUGCGUGGCGGCCUUCGGGGAGGAAGAGGCGGUCCUCCUUUCGCCGGUGGACAAGGUAAUACUGUGUUUGAAGAUGCAGCCUAUAGUCGUGACAAUACGGGUGUACUCCCUGCCCGUGGAAGA